UUUGAAAUAUUGUUUCAAUAUUAAUACUCUUUCUGUUUUUUUUAAUGUUUCACAAAGAUAGAUUUUUUGUAGUUUCAAUUUUUUUAUUAGAUUACUAUUGGUUAAAAAUUAUUGAAAUACAGAAAACAAUAUAUUUAAUAUAGUGAUUUUACUAAAAAGUAUAUCUUUGUAAAAUGGAGGGAUUAGUUGUGUUUUAAAUGAAAAGUAGAGAAUUUGAUACUUAUUUUAAUUAAAUAUACUAUAGCCAGUAGAGAGGACUAGAAUAUUAUUUGGAAACGGUGUACAGUCAACCCUAUAUAAAAAAUGAUAUUUAAAGUAAUUACUGGAAACUUAAUCACUCUAUAUUUUAGUUCUACUUGUGCUGCCAAAGUGCUUUAUUUUAGUCAAAUUGGAUCACAAUCAUAUAUACUCCUCCAUGUAAAAUUGGAGUUUAUUAUUGUAUCCAUAAAAAUACAAUAUGCGGUCUAAAUAGUUAGCUGACUUGCUAAAAAUAUAGUUAGCUGACAAAAAUCAAUGGCAAGUGUUAUACAAGAACAACAUCAAAAGUAACAAAUAUUAAUAUAGUUACUUAUAGGGUCGAAGAAAUUUCUAUAUAUAACCAUCCCAUCUCCUCUCAGGACUCAACCUACCACAUUAAAAACCAUUUCCUCUCUUGCAACCUCACUGCAGUUUUUUGUGGUUCCCUCUUUUUUUCUAAGCCAUUUUUUCUUGUGCAGAAAAAAGGCGAAGCUAUGGAGUUUUUCUGGAAAAUGAUGUCAUUGAUGAGUUUGAUGAUGAUGGUGAUGUGCAAGAGUGUGGAUGGUUAUAGUAGCGGUUGGGUCAAUGCUCGAGCCACAUUCUAUGGAGGUGCUGAUGCUUCUGGCACCAUGGGCGGUGCGUGUGGGUACGGUAACCUAUACAGUCAAGGAUACAACACGAACACAGCGGCGCUAAGCACGGCUCUAUUCAACGGCGGCCAAAGCUGCGGCGCUUGUUUCCAGAUCAAAUGUGUAAACGACCCAAAAUGGUGUCGCCGGGGAACAAUCACCGUCACCGGAACAAACUUUUGUCCACCUAACUUUGCUCAAGCCAACGACGCCGGAGGUUGGUGUAACCCUCCCCAACAUCACUUUGACUUAGCUCAGCCCAUCUUUCUCCGCAUAGCUCAAUACAAAGCUGGUGUCGUCCCCGUCCAAUACCGAAGAGUGGCUUGCCGGAGAAGAGGAGGAAUGAGAUUCACGAUCAACGGCCACUCAUACUUCAACCUCGUACUCAUAACUAACGUCGCCGGUGCCGGGGACGUAGUUUCCGUCUCCGUUAAAGGGACAAGGACAGGUUGGCAAAGCAUGUCGAGAAACUGGGGACAGAACUGGCAAAGCAACGCAAAUCUUGACGGUCAAGCUCUUUCCUUCAAAGUAACAACUAGUGAUGGCCGUACAGUCGUCUCUAACAACGCUACUCCUCGUAACUGGAGCUUCGGACAGACUUAUACCGGAAAACAGUUCCGAGGUUAGAGGUGAUGACGUGGACUGAACACUUUAUGAUGAAGAAAAAAACGUUUUUACUUAUUACUGAUUUUGGAAUUUUUUAGAGUUUGCAUAGUUUUUUUUAAAAAAUGUUUCGGAAUUUAUCUAAUUAACCCAAAAGAGAAACUAAAAUAAAUAAUUAAAUGGCGGAAAAACAAGUUUUUUCACCGGCAGCUUUUGUAAUUUGCCGGUGAGGCUGAGGUGAACAGAAAGGGAGAAAGGGAGCUUUGUGUUUUCACCCGCCGCCUGAGCAUUUGAGAUUUCCUUUUUUUUUUAAUAUAUGUUUUUUUUUUGUAUUUUAUUUGGCUUUAAGAUGUUCGAUGGUAUGUUUCUGUAAGGCAUUGUCUAUUGAACUAAAAGUAAUUUUAUAGUUUUAUAUGCUUAGUUUUUCUUGUUCUUCUUUAAUCAUGAGAGACCAACAUCAUUAUCACAAAUUAUUACGCUAGUUUUAUAGUCUUAUCCUUUAUUUCUUUGAUUCGCUGUUAACUCAUGAUAUAUAAAUGUCAUAUGAUCUAAUAUGAAAUGUUACGCCUAGAAAAUGUUAUGUUGUAACAGACCAAUAUAGGAAAAGAUAUUCGUCUGCUAAAAGAAAAUGAAAUGGACAAGUAUGGUAAUCAAGAUGAUGAUGUACUGACUAAACUACUACAACCAGGUCGUUUUUAUCAACUACUCAAGCCAAUGUUAUUGUCAAGUCUUCAUCUUUUGUAGACACUACCAAACUACAGACUAGAGCCUCCAAUUAUCAUUUUUCCAUCUUCCAGUAUCUGUUAAUAAUCUUUUUCUUUCACAUAGUUUUUCUACAUUUAUUUCAUGCCUGCUUACUCAUUCUACAGUGGGUUGAAUAAUGAAGAGUCAAGUGAAGACAAGAGUGAAACCAAACCGUUUGGCUCGGUUAGCUUGUGCUCUGUUUCUGGAUGAAAGAAUGGGACCUUUAGGGAUUCAAAACUCCAUCCGCUUUAUCAAAAAAUGGCUUGUGAGUUGUUACGGAUAUCACAAAAACGUUACAUAUGAUCAUAUUUAGUAUGUCACACACUAAAUAAUAAUAAUUAAAUUCCAAAAGUAUAUAAUCAGAAAAUCAAAGAUAAUAGUAACACUUUUUAGAUAUUUUCUUUGGUGUUAAAAUAAACCUUCGGACAGAUUCUCUAUCUAGCUAUUUGCUUAUUCUCUUGUUUUUCACGAUUCGCGUUGCCUCAUAUGAUAUAGAAACAGUAAUUAUUAAAAAAAGUUCAUAAAUAAUCUCGCCUGUAUUACUUUGACCUCGGUGAGUUUAGAUUUCAUGUGCUUCUCUUUCUCUCUGUUGUUUGUUCUGUACCUGGCUAGGGUUUUGCUUUGACCCUACAUCGUUGCUUAUGACAAUUUGUUUGGUUCCUGAGAUUCUGAAUCUCACAUCCCUUGUUCUUCAUGUUUUUUGUCAGCCUUUUGUACCCUCUGAAUUUGGAUUUCCGCGGAAGCUAGAAGGGUUAGUUCUGAAUUAUGGACAUUAUAAGUCAGUUGCACGAUGAGCUUCUCUUAAAAUAUUGUCAUUACGCCCUAGGCUAAGGAUGUUGUAGCAACAAUGGUUAUGUCAAAACGUUGGAAGUUUCUUUGGAUGUUUAAACGGCGCUGAAAGUAUUGACAUUAUAGUCACGUGAAGGAAUUCAAGAUAGCCAAGGCAUUAUCAGGCAUCUUUUUUUUUGGACACCAAUAUUAUAAAUGCGAAGGAAAACGGUCCAGCAGCAGAGAGUUAGUUGGCUGUGGCCAAGUACAAGACUGAUUUAGCAAGUGAAUCAGCCAUAACAUUAAGGUUCCUAGGAAUAAAAGUAAAUACAAUGCAGUCAAAGGAGAGUGAUAGAUGCUCGAUGUCCCGAGUGAUUCCGUAGAGCUCUGUCGGAUGAUACGUCGAGGUGAUAAUAGCCACGAGGGCUUGACAAUCUGAUUUUAAGCAGAUUCUUGAGUACCCCGCUUCGAGGGCAUGGAGGAGCGCUGAUCUUACAGCUAAGGCUUCUGCCAUUAGAGGGGACACUGUGUGAUCAAAUGUUGCCGUCCCCUGUAGUAACCGUUCAUCCUGAUGAUCUGUGAAAAUCCAACCACAACCUGCCCUGUUUGUCGUCGCCUGCCAUGCAGCAUCAGAACAGCAUUAUCAGGCAUCUAACUAGACUUAUAUACAGGGUUCUGCUUUCACCUUCCAAUAAAAAUCCAAAUACACUCUAGCAUAUGUCCAUAUAAGUUUCUCUGAGAUGAAAAAUAAAAUCUAUAACUCUCAUGCCAUUAGCAUCAUUAAAAGAGAGAUUAAGAGCAAACCUUUCAGCUGUUGGACCAAAUCCUUUCAAAAAUUUCCCAGCUUCUUCAGUUCUGCUUUUAUCUUUCACCAAGCCCACUUUUGCCUUAUCACAAGCCCUUGAUUAUAUUUUCGAUUUUUUUUCUGCUUUAGAUUGUCACGAGCAGCUUUCCCAGCAUGUCACAUUACCAUCAUAUAUACUCAUCACUCCCAUCACAGCAAUCUGAGCAAACCAUUGGAAUCCUUCAACGUUUUCUUCUUCCGUGUAGCGUUGGAAAGAACAUAGCUACAUACCACAGAUACCAUCAUUGACUCUAGAAGAAAACAAAACUAAAAGGAGAUUGGCCUGCGACAAUAGAAUUUUCCAUUCGGACAAGCUGACGUACCUGGAUAGGUUUUGGUGCAGUUUCACUAGACACUCGUAUUUUACGAAUCUGUAUAAUUAUUUCCAAAUAAAUUGGCCCAUUAGCUCAGUUGGUUAGAGCGUCGUGCUAAUAACGCGAAGGUCACAGGUUCGAAACCUGCAUGGGCCACCUUUUUUUUUGUUGCAUUCCUUAUUAAAACGUCGUCGGAUCAUGCUGAUACAAAGCUAUAAGUCAUGGGCUCAAACAGAAUAAGCCCAGACCUAACAAUUAAGUCGCUUCUAGGGUUUAUGAAGUCUUUAUCUCUUCACCACUGUAUAUAUAUACUCAUCUUCUUUGCUCUGUCACAUAUUCAAUCCAAUUGUUUCUUCUCCGGCGCAUCUAUUUUCGAUUUUUUUUUAUUUAUUAUUCAAAAAUCGUCUUUUUUUUUGUUUUCUAUAUUCUAAUUUAGAAGGAAAAAGCCUAAUUUGCAAUUACUUGAUUCAUGUGAAUGGGUCAAGGAAUCUAUCGUUAGGCUAAAUAGAUGUUGGAUACGUUUCUCUAUCCUGUAAGCUUACGUACCUCCGUAAGCUUGCUCUGCCUCUUAUUAUCCGAAGCUUCUUUGUUUCUCUUACAAAGGAGCUUUGGUGAAUACGCAGAUACAUCUA